CAGUGUCACAGCGGUCUUUUAAUUUUAUUGGAAGUUUCAGUAAAUAUUAAAUAAACCAUAAUUUUCUGUAUGGAACGUGCUGUUUUCCCCUACCACAAAUUUAUAUGUAAUUUAACAGUAGUGAUAAUCGUGAGAAUCACUGAUUGGUGUUAAUGUCAAUAAACGAACAAUGAUUUGGGAUCGAGAUUAAUAGGUUAUAUGUAAGGGCGGUAAGGUCAAGGGAUAAUAACAGGAAAACAUAUUUUGUAGUGUAAUUAAUCUUACUGAUAUGCCAGCAUGGAUACAACAAAAAGUAAAUCUUGGGCUGAGCUUUUGGAUGAGGAAGAGAGUGUGGAAGAACCAGUUUUUCAGAAAAUGCAUGUGCCUGUAAAACUCAACUUAAUACGUGAGUUGAAAACAGAAACUGCUGAGGAAACAGACGUAAUGAAAUUAUCAGUGAAUGACAAAAUUGUGAGCUAUGAAAAGGAGUUUGAAGCCGAUGUGAAUGUCAAAGAAGAGUUGGAAGAUGAGAAUGAAGUAACAAGACUUCAGAAGGAGUUAGAUAUAUUUGAGCAUGAGUGGGUAAAAGAGCUAAAACAAGAACAGUUGAAUGAGAAUCAAACAAGAGAAACAACUGAAACAUACAUCUCUAGUGAUUUGAAACAAGAGAGGAAUAAUGAAAUAAAAGAUAUGUGUGAUGUAGAAAGUUGUAAGGAUGAUAUACCCACUAAAGUAAGAUCAGCGAAAGUUAAAGCAGAAACAUAUUUCUGUGAACAAACAAAUGAGUUGGAUAUUGACAAACAGAUUAAAAAAGGUUAUGAUGGAAAAUGUUCAGAAGUUGCAUGUAGGGAUGAAAGAUACAUUAAAAAGGAGAAAGAUACAGUGUGUCCUAAAAUUGAAGAGGCAAAGUUUCAGAGUUGCAAAUUAGAAGUCAACAAUUGCAGAACUGAAAAUGCAAAUCUAAGUAACACUAAAGAAGAAGGGUAUAGGAAACGAAGUCGAAAUUGGCAUGGUGGCAACCCUGAGAAAAUACCUUAUAGCACAAAUGAGAGUAAAAAGUCACGAAAAGUAAUUGAAUAUGAGACCGACCCUGAAGUUCUGCAUAGAAGACAGAAGCAAAUUGACUAUGGCAAAAAUACAACUGGCUAUGAUCGCUACAGGGAACUGGUUCCGAAGGACAAGAGAACAAAGAAACAUCCUAGAACACCUCCGAAGCAUAUCAAAUACAGUCGAAGGGCUUGGGAUGGUAUUAUACGAGUUUGGCGACAGAGUCUACAUUUCUGGGAUCCUCCUGAAGGAAAGCCUGACAUCAGUGACACAUUAUCAGACAUCUCUGUUGAGGUGAGCAGUCAAGCAAGUGGGGAUACAUCAGAUAAUGAUCGACAUGUCAGAGUCAAGAGGAACACUCAGUCAUCAAGUGGCUCCUGUAGCCUUGAAUAUGAAAACGAAGACUACUUGAUAUUGGAUGAGACCUAUACAGAUGCUUGAAAUAUCAUUUUUGUAUACCAUUUGUAACAGAUUGUCCAAUCUUGAAUGUUACUGCAAAUACUGUAUAAGGGAUGUGCAUUUUAUGCACUGAUAAGUUAAGGUUGUUAAGGUUGCAAGUUAAGUUCCAGUAAUAUUAUUACAGUAGGCAACAAUAUAUAGAAUCCUGUUACACCGUAACUAAAUAGGUGUAAAUUAAAUAACAUAAGAAAUGUAGGUUAAUUUACCAGAGUGAAGGCAUUUAGAGAUGCAAUUGGAAGGACACCAGAUAUAAUUUUAUUUAACUUAUUACUGUGUGAAGAAGCUAUUCAGUUAACAUAUUUUUACUCAUUUUUGGAUUGGCUGGUGUUGAUUUUACAAUAUUUAAUUCUGUAAUCAGCAUAUACACUGAAGCGCCAAAAGUCAUGGGAUAGGUACUUAGUAUCGUGUAGGACCCCCUUUAGCCCGGCGAAGUGCAGCAACUCGACAU